UUGCUUUUUAAAUUGAAGAACAAACAUCAAUUACCACAUAGAUGGCACCUACUUCUGUUGCAAUGGGUCAUUGUUUUAAUGUGCGACAUUUGAUUAAUGUUCAUUUUUUCAUAUGUUAACCAGUAACUCCACUGGUGAGCAAAUUCGUAGUAUGUUCAUACAGCUUCAACAGGCACAAACUCAAGGGAAGGGAUGGAGAGGAACAGAACUGGCAGCUAUCAUCUCUCUGCUCAGUCCUUCAGUAUCUCUGACAUUAUAGUCAUCGUGGCAUAUUUUGUGCUGAACGUAUUUGUUGGAAUAUGGUCCACAUGCAGAGUAAGCAGGAACACACUCAGUGGAUACUUUCUUGCAGGCAGGAAUAUGGCGUGGUGGCCUAUUGGGGCAUCGCUAUUUGCCAGCAGUGAAGGCUCUGGACUGUUCAUUGGCCUGGCUGGCACUGGGGCAGCUGGAGGAAUUGCUGUUGCUGGAUUUGAGUGGAAUGCCACCUAUGUGCUUUUGAUGCUGGCUUGGAUAUUUGUCCCUGUCUACAUAUCAUCUGGAAUAGUGACCAUGCCUGAAUACCUUCAAAAGAGAUUUGGAGGGGAAAGGAUUCGAAUGUAUUUAUCUGCACUUUCCCUGCUGUUGUCUGUAUUCACCAAGAUAUCUACAGAUUUGUAUUCAGGAGCCUUGUUUGUGCAAGUGUGCCUUGGAUGGAAUCUCUACUUGUCGACAAUUCUGAUGCUGGUCGUCACAGCUCUCUAUACCAUAGCAGGUGGCCUGGCUGCUGUUAUCUACACAGACACACUCCAGACAGUCAUCAUGAUUAUUGGAACUGUGAUACUAACCAUUGCAGCUUUUAACAAGAUUGGAGGGUACCACAACCUGGAAAGUGUAUACCUAAAGGCAGUUCCAACAAAGAUUAUUCCCAAUACAACGUGCCAUCUCCCCAGGGCAGAUGCCAUGCAUCUGUUCAGAGAUCCAGUGACUGGAGAUCUCCCAUGGACCGGCAUGAUCUUUGGAUUGAGCAUCCUGGCGACAUGGUAUUGGUGCACAGAUCAGGUAAUUGUGCAACGGUCACUAUCUGCAAAGAAUCUGAGCCAUGCAAAGGGUGGCUCAAUACUGGCAAGCUAUCUCAAAAUGCUGCCUAUGAUUUUCAUUAUAAUGCCCGGGAUGAUCAGCCGUGCCCUCUAUCCAGAUUCAGUUGCCUGUGUUGAUCCUGAAGAAUGUAUAAAGGUGUGUGGCACUGAAGUGGGAUGUUCUAACAUUGCUUUCCCAAAACUUGUGAUUGAGCUGAUGCCUGAUGGUCUACGUGGACUUAUGAUUGCAGUAAUAAUGGCUGCUCUCAUGUCAUCUCUGACAUCAAUAUUCAACAGCAGCAGUACACUGUUUACCAUGGACAUCUGGAGAAAGAUCCGGAAGGAUGCCAGUGAAUGGGAAUUACUGCUGGUUGGAAGGAUUGUGACGGUGAUACUGGUCGCAGUGAGCUUGGUAUGGAUCCCAAUAUUGCAGAGUGCUAACAGCGGGCAACUCUUCAAUUAUAUUCAGUCGGUGACCAGCUAUUUAGCUCCUCCUGUAACUGCAGUUUUUGUUCUUGCUGUGUUUUGGAAACGAACUAAUGAACCUGGUGCAUUCUGGGGCCUAAUGGUUGGACUAGCAAUUGGCCUGGUGCGAAUGGUCAUGGAAUUUGUGUAUCCCUCGCCACAGUGUGGAGUGUAUGAUCUAAGGCCAUCUCUGUUGAAGAAGGUUCACUACCUCCACUUUGCAGUUAUUCUGUGCACCCUUACAGCUCUAAUCGUCGUGGUGAUCAGCCUGCUGACAAAGCCUCCUCAUGAAAGCCAGUUGAAAAAUGUAACAUGGUGGACAAUUUCACAAGAGAGAAAGCAGCCUGACAUUAUCCUUCAAAAGGUAUCUCCAGAACGGCAUGCCUGGGACAACAGAAUUGAAGGUGCUGAGGAGGCCGUAGAACAGAAAUGGUCAUGGAUUAACCCAUUCUGUAGUAUUAAGACAAGCAGAGACAACAUGCCUGUACAAUGCAACCUGUCUGAAAUCCAUGAGAAGCCAUUCUGGUCGCGAGUGUGUUGUAUAAAUGCAAUCAUUCUCAUGUGUGUGAACAUUUUCCUGUAUGCGUACUUCGCUUGAUAAAACAAAUUACCUGAAAGA